AUGAACAGUUUGGCAAACCUUUUUGAGGUCCAUAUCACAAGGAUUGACAAGGCCCCCAUCCAAUCAUGUGCGCCCGCGCACGCCAUCAUACCCAUGAACCUGAUCAUCGUCCCAAGCGACCAGGUCGUAAAUUGCAGAGUCAAAAUUACUGACUUUGGCUCAUCUUUCUUCUUUGGCAAAGAGCCACUGGAGUUACACACACCAACGGCUUUGCUUCCUCCCGAAGCAUUCUUCCAGGACCCCAUCACCCCAUCCGCCGACAUAUGGACCCUUGGCUGUACGCUAUACGAUAUCCUCGGCGAAAGGCCCCUCUUCGAAACCUGGGCAGAUGAUCCCGAUGAUGUGAUUGGGGAAAUGGUAAGUACACUAGGUAAGCUGCCAAAGAAAUGGUGGCAACGCUGGGAAAAGAGACCUGAGUUUUUCCUUGAGAACGGCUCCUGGAACCCAAACUUUAAGAGGAUCCAGACACCUGAAUUUAGACCUUUGAACCAGCGACUCUGGCAGAUGGGAAGAGGAGAGACUCCUCAAAUUUGCGAACUUCAGAAGACGGAGAUGGCUAGCUUCAAGAGGUUGCUGGAGGGGAUGUUGGCUUAUGAGCCGUUGGAGCGGGUUUCAGCGCGUGAGGCGAUGGAGUCUGACUUCAUGCUGAAAUGGGCGCGUCCGGCACUGUUGAGGCUUUGGGGUUGA